GUGCUCUACAUGGAUUGGCUGUUAUCGUUAACCAAUUCUUCUAUAAUAUUAAUUUUAUGGCAAAUUUAAAGAUGCGGUUAACUACAUUUCUUUGUUUUUUGUUACUUUGUGUAAUAUGUUUUGAAGCAGAUAAAAGAGUGAACAAGUAUGUGACUACUUUAAUAAAUGCAAAAUGGAAAGAAACACCUUUGGUUCUUGAAGCUGCAGAAUAUCUAAAUGAUGAAAAUCCAAGUUACUUUUGGAAAUUCAUAGAUACUUUUGCCAGUUAUGAUUUGAGAAAUGUCACGGAGAAAGAUAACUAUGAUGCUGUUAUCGAAUUUGCUGAAAAAUAUUUAUCCCCCUCAGAGGUAGCAUUAAUGAAAUUAGGAUUAUCCUUACGAAUUUAUUCAGCACGAGUUGAGAUGUUUACACAAAUGGCAGAAAAUAAAAAUAUUUCUGCUUUUGAUUGUUAUAAUGUAGUGGAUAUUGGUGGAAUAUUCACCUGUUCUUUAGAAGAAUUAGAAAAAUUAUCCAGUCAAGAUUCUUGGUUAAAUCCGGAUAUCUACAGUGUAGAUCAUCGUUAUCAUGUAUCUCAGCACCCAGAAAAAAUUAUUAUUUUAUAUGGUCAGGUUGGAACACCAAAAUUCUCAGAUUUUCAUAACAAAUUAAAAACUCUUGCAAGAACCAGUGGAAUUAAUUAUAUUUUACGACAUUAUUUAAAGGACAGAACAAAUAAACAUGUACGUUUAUCAGGAUAUGGGGUAGAAUUGCAAAUGAAGUCUACGGAGUAUAAGGCAACAGAUGAUUCAGAUAUUAAGGAUAAUGCAGGGAAAAAUUCAGAGACCAUAAAUGAUAGCAUGGAGGAAAUACAUGGAAUUAAUUUUGUAAUUUUAAAAAAUUUGUAUCCUGACAAGCAAUUAGAGCUGGAUAAGUUACAAACACAUUUGCUUGAAACUAGCCAAGAAAUUGGUGCUUUAAAAGUGUGGCAAUUUCAAGAAUUAAGUCAUCAAGCAGCUGAAAGAAUAAUGAAUUCUCCCACAAAUGAAGCUAUUAAUGUUUUAACGGAUAUUUCACAAAAUUUUCCAAUACAAGCGAAAUCUUUAAUUAAAACAAAAGUGAAUAGUGAAAUGAAGAAAGAAAUGAAACUCAAUCAAGCAAUGUUUUCUGCAAGUUUAAAUAUACAACCCACAGAGACUGCACUUUUCAUUAAUGGAUUGUUUUUCGAUUUAGAAGCAGUAGAUGUGCUCAGUCUUCUAGAAUCUUUAAGAAGUGAAUUAAGAGUAAUGGAAUCUCUUCGUAAGAUCGGAUUUAAUAAUAAGGAGAUCAGCACAUUAUUAACUUUAGAUUUAUCCACUAAUACGGAUAAACAAGAAUUCGCAAUGGAUAUAAGAGAUUCAGCUAUAAUUUGGGUAAACGAUAUUGAACAUGAUGCAGCUUAUGCAAGAUGGUCGUCGUCGUUAACAGAAUUAUUAAGACCAACUUUUCCAGGAAUGAUCAGAAAUAUUAGGAAAAAUUUGUACAACUUGGUACUAAUUAUUGAUCCUUUAAGUGGAGAAUCUAUUCCUCUGAUAACUUUAGCACAAUCUUUAUAUCUACAUUCUGCUCCACUAAGAGUAGGUUUUGUUUUUGUAACAAAUUAUGAUACUGCUGUAACUGGACUAACAGAUGCCAGUGUUGCAAUUAAUAAUGCGUAUCAUUAUUUUGCGGAAAGUAAAGGAUCGGAACAUGCUUUACAAUUUCUGAUAGACCUAGGAAAUUAUGUUGGAUCAGAAAAAAUGGACGUAGAAGACAUAAAGAAGGCAAUAAAACUGCAAGAUUCGUCUGCUAAUAUAAAUUAUAUCCUUGGUGAAGAAUCUGAAUAUGAUGUAGGGCGUCAUUUAGCCAGUGACUUUGUGAAGCGAUCUGGUUUUAAAAAAUUUCCACAAGCUUUAUUAAAUGGUGUACCUUUGUCAUCUGAUCAGUUGAAUAGCAAUUCAUUUGAAGAAGCUGUUCUAUCUACUAUAAUGUCGCAAACACCUGCAUUACAGAAAGCUGUGUAUCGAGGAGAAAUAACCGAAGAAGAUGAUGUGGUAGAUUAUAUUAUGAAUCAACCAAAUGUUAUGCCUCGCUUAAACGAGAGAAUAUUAAAACCAGAGAAGCACACGUGGUUAAAUUUAAUUGGUACUAUACCUAAUGAUGAAGAUUAUAACAAAUGGAGCCCUCAAGAUUUCUCAACCUGGCUAAUGAGCAUAUUGCGUUAUAUAUAUGUACCACGACGUACAAAUAUACACCAUUUAUAUACUUUUUGGGUUGUAACAGAUUUAAAUGAUUCAGCAGGUAGACAGUUAUUAUGUGAGGCACUCGAAUACAUUGAGUCGAAUGCGGACGUCAGAAUUACUGUAAUUGUUAAUCCACACGUAGAUACGAAUGAUGCUGAUAAUACGAUCGAUAUUAAUCAAAUCGUAUUAGCUGUAUUACAUAGCUUUCCAAUAGAAAAGGCUAUGCGUUUAAUUCGUAACAUAAUUAAGGAAGAUAUUGCUAACGUCAGCGACAAAAUUGACAUGACAGGAUUUACAGAGGAAGAUAUAACGGAACAGUCAAAAAUUUUAUUAUCUAUGCAUCGUCGAUACGUUAAAACAGUAUUGAAUUUAGAAAAAGGAGUUAGAGCAAUUGUGUGUAAUGGACGAUUAAUUGGUCCUUUGGAUGACGGUGAAGAAUUUACAAGCGAAGAUUUCUCAUUAUUAGAAAGAUUCAGUCAGAGUACUUAUGACGAUAAAUUGUUUAAAAAAUUAAUAAAGGGAGAAUUAUUGGAAAAUGAUGAGUAUGAAAAGAACGAAGUCACGGAUGAUAUGAUAAUGAAAAUUACAUCUUUGCUAGCAUCACACCCUCAAACGCGAAAUCGAUUUCAUGUUCCUUUUUACGGUGAUGAUUACAGCGCCAUAAAGAUUCCAACGCCGAAUCCGAAUGAAGUGGCUUUCAACUUAAUCGCUAUUGUUGAUCCAGUAUCUCGCGGCGCUCAAAAAUUGGGUCCAAUUUUAAAAACGCUUCAGCAGUCUUUAAACUGCAAUGUUAAAGUGUUUUUAAAUUGUUUAGAUAAAAAUAGCGACAUGCCGUUGAAAAGCUUUUAUCGCUUUGUAUUUGAACCUGAAUUAAAAUUUUCAUCUGAUGGACGUGUUAAUGGAGCUGUGGCAAAAUUCACAAAAUUACCAUCUUCAUCUCUUUUGACACAGUAUAUUCAUGCACCAGAAAACUGGUUAGUGGAAGUAGUUAGGAGUGUUUACGAUUUAGACAAUAUUAAAUUAGACAAUGUAGCGAUUGGAGUGCACAGUGAAUUUGAAUUAGAGUAUUUACUUCUCGAAGGUCACUGUUUUGAAGCAGUAAUUGGAAAUCCACCUCGUGGGUUACAAAUCACAUUGGGAACAGAAAAGCAUCCGUUAAUGGUGGACACUAUAGUAAUGGCAAACUUGGGAUAUUUUCAGUUGAAAGCAAAUCCAGGUGAAUGGAUAUUGCGUCUUCGUCAAGGACGAUCGGCAGAAAUCUAUGAUUUUACCACUAUCAGUGGUCAAGAUGUUUUGCAAAACGGUAACGACGUAAAGGUUCUUAUAAGUUCUCUAAGGAGCCACGUGUUGAAAGUCAAAGUAUCCAAAAAGCCGGACAAGGUGGGAAUGGAUCUUUUAUCAGAAGAUGAUAAAAGUUCUGGCUUAUGGAACUCUAUUUCUAGGACAUUUACAACAGCGGAUGAUAGCGACGAUCAGGACGAGAAGUUAAAUAUCUUCUCAUUAGCUUCUGGGCAUUUAUAUGAAAGGUUUCUGAAAAUUAUGAUGUUGAGCGUUAUAAAGCAUACCAAAAGUCCUGUAAAAUUUUGGUUCCUAAAGAAUUAUCUUUCACCAACAUUAAAAGAUUUUUUGCCAUAUAUGGCAAAGGAAUAUGGUUUUGAAUUUGAGCUAGUACAAUAUAAAUGGCCCCGUUGGCUACAUCAACAAACAGAAAAACAAAGAACUAUAUGGGGUUAUAAAAUAUUAUUUUUGGACGUAUUAUUCCCAUUGAAUGUUAAAAAGAUAAUAUUUGUUGAUGCUGAUCAGGUUGUAAGAGCGGAUUUGAAAGAAUUAGCAACGAUGGAUCUUGGUGGUGCGCCGUACGCGUAUACUCCAUUUUGUAACAGUAGGAAAGAAAUGGAUGGAUUUAGAUUUUGGAAACAAGGUUACUGGCGAAAUCAUUUACAAGGGCGAGCUUAUCACAUUAGUGCUCUAUACGUGGUAGAUCUGAAGCGAUUUCGACGCAUCGCAGCAGGAGAUAGAUUAAGGGGACAGUAUCAAGCAUUGAGUCAAGAUCCAAAUAGUUUAGCCAAUUUGGAUCAAGAUCUUCCUAAUAAUAUGAUUCACCAAGUGGCUAUUAAAACAUUGCCACAAGAAUGGUUGUGGUGUGAAACUUGGUGCGACGAUGCGUCCAAAAAAUAUGCUAAAACUAUAGAUUUGUGUAAUAAUCCAAUGACUAAAGAAGCUAAGUUACAAGCUGCCGUACGUAUUUUACCAGAAUGGAUAGGAUACGAUGAAGAAAUAAAAGCUUUGCAACUAAAAUUAGAGAAUGAGAAUGGGCAAACUGAAAAGAAAGCGAAUGAAACGUUUGAAAAUACGGAAGAUUUUGCGAAGCAUGAAGAAUUAUAAGGAAAUAUGAUAUAAGAUACGAAAAUCAGUUAAUAAACAACACAAUUUCUUUGGAUAACCAGUAGAUAAAGAAUCGUGACAAAUCGACAUGUAGACAAAACAUUGCAUUGCAAAAUAUCAUGGAACAUCGCGAUUGACUGUAAUUGAAAUUUGGCGAAACAUCCCGUUGUUCGAAAAUAAUAUGUUGUCGUAAUAUCGUAGUAGUUUAUCGUAGUUGAAGAACUA